AUGGAAGAUAGGAUAAGCCAGUUACCAGAUCCUGUGAUAUGUCACAUACUUUCUCAUCUUCCUACAGAGGAGAUUGUUAAGACAAGCGUAUUGUCCACCAGAUGGACAACUCUCUGGCUUUGGGUUGCUUGUUUGGAACUGAAUCUCCGAGAAUUCCCAGAUUUCGGUUCCUUUGUGAAUUUUGGUAAUAGGUUUUUCGAUUCCAACAGGGUCUCAUCCAUAGAAAACCUGAAUAUGACUUUAAUCAAUUAUAGUGUUGGUGAUGCCUUUCGUUUCACGUCAUGGAUUGAUGGUGCAGUCAAGCGUAAGGUCCAACAUCUACAUGUUCGUUUUCUUCCACAUGGUGGUCUUUCUAUGAUCCGUGUAAGCCUUUAUAUCUGUGAGACACUGGUAUCCUUAAAAAUUCAGAUGGUGGCUUUGCCUAAUGCCGAGUUUGUUUCCCUACCUUGUCUGAAAAUCAUGCAUUUAGGACAUAUUAGAUAUCCCAAUGAGGCCACUUUUGAGAGACUUGUCUCAUCCUGCCCUGUCCUGGAGGAGUUAGUGAUACAGGGAAGUUUUGAUUCUAAUGAAAAAGUCUUUCGGGUGAUCUCUAGGUCAUUGAAGAAGCUCAGUAUAGAACUAAUGUUUUGUCUACGUGCCCCUGGUUCGGGGUUUGUUAUCGAUGCUCCUCGACUACACUCUUUGAGCAUUGAUGAUAACCUUCCAGAAAGCUUUACAAUAACCAAUAUGGAUUCCAAUGUCAAGCUCCUCUAUGAAUACUCGAAACUAGAGUCGUUGCCUCGGUUUGGUUACAUGUCCCGUCUGGACAUUGAUCUCUCUUAUUCCCAUAUGAAAUGGUUACCAAGCUUUCUUGAGAGCUUCCCAAAAUUGAAAUCCCUCAACUUGUUAUGCUGUGAUGAGUUUGAGGAAAUGAGUUUGAGGAAAUGA